CACUGACGGGCACUGUUAGGCGGCACUGACGGGCACUGUUAGGCGACACUGACUGGUGGCACUGACUGGCACUGAUGGGUGACAUUGAAAGGAAGCUCAGAUGGGCACUGAUAUGUGGCAAUGAUGUGCACUGGUAUGCACUGAUAUGUGGCAUUGAUGUGGCACUGAUGGGCACUGGCACGUGACACUGAUUGGCACUGGCACGUGGUAUUGAUGAGCACUGACAGGUGGCACUUCUGGGGCCACACUGAUCAUCAGGGCACACUGAUCAUCAGUGGCCUGAUGAUCACUGAUCACAUGAUUGAGCCGACAUCUUCGGCUGUUUCUGUGAUCCGCUGUGUCCGAGGGACACAGCGCAUCGGC